AGUGCAAUCAAUGGGCUGGAAGAAGUCUAUAAAUAGUUCACAAGAUUAUGUUGUACUUGACAAGGAAAGCUACAACAACAAAGAAAGUUACAACAGCAAUUAUAGUUUUAAUAGCAAAGAAAGCUAUAAUAUCAAGGAUGCAUUUAAUUUUAAUAACAAGGAAGGCUAUAAUGAAAUUCAAUAUUCGCCUCCUUCAUCUAUCACACUUUCACCUUCAACUCCAACAUCAAUGACAUCAACACAUUCAGUAGACUUAAAACAAAAAAAAAGGAAAAGUUUUGAUAAAUUCAAACUUUUUAGAUCUUCUUCAACUGAAUGUGUUGAAACAAUUCACACCACCAAUCCCCAUCAUCAUCAUCAUCGCUACAACACUGACCCUUAUACAGCACGUUAUUCAACAGCAGAGAAGAUCAUAACAGUUUUUCUUGGAUUGAAAAAUCAAAAAAUAAAUAUUUUAAGCAGAGAUAUUUACAAGAGAAAAUCAGCAAUUCAUUGUCUGGCAUGGAAUGAUGAUUUGUUCAACAUGGGAAUUUCUUUAAGACAAACUUUUUCAAGACACGAAAGCUUUCGUAAUGCAAUAAAAUGGUUAAUCUCAAACAAUGUUGAUAUAAAUUCUGUUGACAAUUUUGGUUGGACAGCUUUGCAUGAAACUAUUUGGAAAAGAAAAGAUCCAGGUGCAAUAUCAGCUCUAUUGGAGAAUAAUGCAAACCCUAAUCUGGCAGAUUGUACAGGUGCAACACCUUUACACCAGUGUUUUAUGCUAUUGAAAUUUUCUAAGAACCAAACUGAAAUUCAACAAUUAUCAAAUAUCAUCAAAUUAUUACUACAUUUUGGUGCUGAUCCAAAUCUAAGACUGCCUGACAAUUCAAUAACAGUUUCGGGUACUGUAUUGCCAAACAGUUUAUUUGCUGCCAUAUAUUUAGAUUUAGAACCAGAUAUUGUUGAGUUGAUUUUGAAAAAAGGUGGUCAAGACAUACUUCUAGCUAAAUUUAAAGGUUUACUUCUGUUAGAUUUUGCUUCCAAGAUUAAGAACACAAAUGCAAUAAAGUUUUUCUCUGAAAAUAGACAUUUACUUAAUAAUAAAAGACUCAAUUUUAAUAAAAGAAAUAGUGGUAAUAAUAGUGUUAAAUCAAAAUCCUCCUUAUCAUCUUCAAUAACCUCUCCCAUAAAAAUAGAAAAAUCUUUAAAAAAUAAAUUUAACAUUGCACAUUCUAGAUGA